AUGGACAUUAAAUUAGACAAUGUUGACGUUGUUAGUUCAAGUUAUCUCCUAGCAAGACCUAUAUUGAUAAAUAAGACGAUUGAGUUUACAAACGUAAGUGUUGAUAUUGAAAUAAUGGUAUGGUGUUCUACUGGAUUUUAUGGUAAAGCUUGCAACGAGACAUGUCCUCCUGACAACAUAAAGUGCAACAUUGGAGAAUGUAUAGAGUCACAAACAAACAAUAAUGCAACCUCGUCAAGACAAAUAGACUAUCACUGUAGAAAAGGGACAUGUAAUAACGGUGUAUGCCAGUGUCCAGAUGGUUUUGCAGGCGACAGAUGUAACGUGGUAUCAAAUUAUAUACUUCCUUACAACAAAACUUAUCAUUUUCUAAAUGACACAACCAGUAAUAACACAUGUGAAAAUGGAUACAAGAACUUCAAUUGUGACGAGAUAGAUUUUUGUUGCAAUAAUUUAUGCAAACAUGGCCGUUGUUCAAAUAAUGUGAACAUAUAUUCAUGUGACUGUGAUGAAGGAUUUGAAGGCUUAAACUGUGAGGUAGAUAUCAAUUAUUGUACAAACAAUACAUGUCAGAACAAUGCAACCUGCAUUGAGGAACAAACAAACUAUACAUGUAUCUGUCAACCGGGAUAUUCUGGAUUAAAUUGUGAGCAACCGGGAUAUACUGGACUAAAUUGUGAGGUAGAUAUCAAUUAUUGUACAAAUAAUGCAUGCCUGAACAAUGCAACCUGCAAUGAGGAACAAACAAAUUAUACAUGUAUCUGUCAACCGGGAUAUACCGGACUUAAUUGUGAGGAAGAUAUCAACUAUUGUUCAAAUAAUACAUGUCUGAACAAUGCAACCUGCAUUGAGGAACAAACAAAACUAUACAUGUAUCUGUCAACCGGGAUAUACUGGACUAAAUUAUAUACUGGACUAAAUUGUGAGGUAGAUAUCAAUUAUUGUACAAAUAAUGCAUGCCUGAACAAUGCAACCUGCAAUGAGGAACAAACAAACUAUACAUGUAUCUGUCAACCUGGAUAUACCGGACUUAAUUGUGAGGUAGAUAUCAAUUAUUGUACAAAUAAUACAUGUCUUAACAAUGCAACCUGCUUUGAGGAACAAACAAAUUAUACAUGCAUCUGUCAACCGGGAUAUACCGGACUUAAUUGUGAGGAAGAUAUUAAUUAUUGUACAAAUAAUACAUGUCUGAACAAUGCAACCUGCCUUGAGGAGCAAACGAACUAUACCUGUAUUUGUCAACCGGGAUAUACCGGACUAAAUUGUGAGAUAGAUAUCAGUUUUUGUACAAAUAAUACAUGUCAUAAUAAUGCAACCUGCAUUGAGCAACAAACAAAGUAUACAUGUAUCUGUCAACCGGGAUAUUCUGGAUUAAAUUGUGAGGAAGAUAUCAAUUAUUGUACAAAUCAUACAUGCCAGAACAACGCCACCUGCAUUGAGGAACAAACAAACUAUACAUGUAUAUGUCAACCGGGAUAUUCUGGAUUAAAUUGUGAGGUAGAUAUUAAUUAUUGUACAAAUAAUACAUUGAACAAACAAACUUAUACCUGUAUUUGUCAACCGGGAUAUACCGGACUACAUUGUGAGGUAGAUAUCAAUUAUUGUACAAAUAAUACAUGCCCGAACAAUGCAACCUGUAUUGAGGAACAAACAAAUUAUACAUGUAUCUGUGAACCGGGAUAUACCGGACUUAAUUGUGAGGAAGAUAUUAAUUAUUGUACAAAUAAUACAUGCCAGAACAAUGCAACCUGCAUUGAGGAACAAACAAACUAUACAUGUAUAUGUCAACCGGGAUAUUCUGGAUUAAAUUGUGAGGUAGAUAUUAAUUAUUGUACAAAUAAUACAUGCCUGAAUAACGCCACCUGCAUUGAGGAACAAACAAACUAUACAUGUAUCUGUCAACCUGGAUAUACCGGACUUAAUUGUGAGGAAGAUAUCAAGUAUUGUACAAAUAAUACAUGUCAUAAUAAUGCAACCUGUUUUGAGGAACAAACGAACUAUACCUGUAUUUGUCAAACGGGAUAUAAUGGACUACAUUGUGAGGUAGAUAUCAAGUAUUGUACAAAUAAUACAUGUCAUAAUAAUGCAACCUGCAUUGAGGAACAAACAAACUAUACUUGUAUCUGUCAACCGGGAUAUACCGGACUAAAUUGUGAGAUAGAUAUCAAGUAUUGUACAAAUAAUACUUGUCUGAACAAUGCAACCUGCUUUGAGGAACAAACAAACUAUACAUGUAUCUGUCAACCGGGAUAUUCUGGAUUAAAUUGUGAGGUUGAUAUCAAUUAUUGUACAAAUAAUACAUGCCAGAACAACGCCACCUGCAUUGAGGAACAAACAAACUAUACAUGUAUAUGUCAACUGGGAUAUUCUGGAUUAAAUUGUGAGGUAGAUAUUAAUUAUUGUACAAAUAAUACAUGCCUGAAUAACGCCACCUGCAUUGAGGAACAAACAAAGUAUACAUGUAUCUGUCAACCUGGAUAUACCGGACUUAAUUGUGAGGAAGAUAUUAAUUAUUGUACAAAUAAUACAUGUCUGAAUAACGCCACCUGCAUUGAGGAACAAACAAACUAUACAUAUAUUAAUUAUUGUACAAAUAAUACAUGCCUGAACAAUGCCACCUGCAUUGAGGAACAAACAAACUAUACAUGUAUCUGUCAACCGGGAUAUACCGGACUACAUUGUGAGGAAGAUAUUAAUUAUUGUACAAAUAAUACCUGUCUGAAUAACGCCACCUGCAUUGAGGAACAAACAAACUAUACAUGUAUCUGUCAACCUGGAUAUACCGGACUACAUUGUGAGGUAGAUAUCAAUUAUUGUACAAAUAAUACAUGCCUGAACAAUGCAACCUGCAUUGAGGAACAAACAAAUUAUACAUGUAUCUGUCAACCGGGAUAUACCGGACUUAAUUGUGAGGAAGAUAUUAAUUAUUGUACAAAUAAUACAUGUCUGAACAAUGCAACCUGUUUUGAGGAACAAACAAACUAUACCUGUAUUUGUCAACCGGGAUAUACCGGACUUAAUUGUGAGGAAGAUAUCAAUUAUUGUACAAAUAAUACAUGUCUGAACAAUGCAACCUGUUUUGAGGAACAAACAAACUAUACCUGUAUCUGUCAACCGGGAUAUACCGGACUUAAUUGUGAGGAAGAUAUCAAUUAUUGUACAAAUAAUACAUGUCAGAAUAAUGCAACCUGUUUUGAGGAACACUCGAACUAUACCUGUAUUUGUCAAACGGGAUAUAAUGGACUACAUUGUGAGAUAGAUAUCAAGUAUUGUACAAAUAAUACAUGUCAUCAUAAUGCAACCUGCAUUGAGGGACAAACAAACUAUACAUGUAUCUGUCCAAAGGGAUACAGUGGACUAAAUUGUGAGGUAGAUAUCAAUUAUUGUACAAAUAAUACAUGCCUGAACAAUGCAACCUGCAUUGAGGAACAAACAAACUAUACAUGUACCUGUCAACCGGGAUAUUCUGGAUUAAAUUGUGAGGUAGAUAUUAAUUAUUGUACAAAUAAUACAUGCCUGAAUAACGCCACCUGCAUUGAGGAACUAACAAACUAUACAUGUAUCUGUCAACCUGGAUAUACCGGACUUAAUUGUGAGGAAGAUAUCAAGUAUUGUACAAAUAAUACAUGUCAUAAUAAUGCAACCUGUAUUGAGGAACAAACGAACUAUACCUGUAUCUGUCAACCGGGAGAUACUGGACUAAAUUGUGAGGUAGAUAUCAAUUAUUGUACAAAUAAUACUUGCCUUAACAAUGCAACCUGCAUUGAGGAACAAACAAACUAUACAUGUAUCUGUCAACCGGGAUAUUCUGGAUUAAAUUGUGAGGAAGAUAUCAAUUAUUGUACAAAUAAUACUUGCCUUAACAAUGCAACCUGCAUUGAGGAACAAACAAACUAUACAUGUAUCUGUCAACCGGGAUAUACUGGACUAAAUUGUGAGAUAGAUAUCAAGUAUUGUACAAAUAAUACUUGUCUGAACAAUGCAACCUGUUUUGAGGAACAAACAAAUUAUACAUGUAUCUGUGAACUGGGAUAUACUGGACUAAAUUGUGAGAUUGAUAUUAAUUUUUGUGCAAAUAAUACAUGCCUGAACAAUGCAACCUGCUUUGAGGAACAAACAAACUGUACAUGUAUCUGUCAACCGGGAUAUACUGGACUAAAUUGUGAGGUAGAUAUCAAUUAUUGUACAAAUAAUGCAUGCCUGAACAAUGCAACCUGCAAUGAGGAACAAACAAACUAUACAUGUAUCUGUCAACCUGGAUAUACCGGACUUAAUUGUGAGGAAGAUAUUAAUUAUUGUACAAAUAAUACAUGUCAGAAUAAUGCAACCUGCAUUGAGGAACAAACAAAUUAUACAUGCAUCUGUCAACCGGGAUAUACCGGACUUAAUUGUGAGGAAGAUAUUAAUUAUUGUACAAAUAAUACAUGUGUGAACAAUGCAACCUGUUUUGAGGAACAAACGAACUAUACCUGUAUCUGUCAACCGGGAUAUUCUGGAUUAAAUUGUGAGGUAGAUAUCAAUUAUUGUACAAAUCAUACAUGCCAGAACAACGCCACCUGCAUUGAGGAACAAACAAACUAUACAUGUAUAUGUCAACCGGGAUAUUCUGGAUUAAAUUGUGAGGAAGAUAUUAAUUAUUGUACAAAUAAUACAUGCCUGAAUAACGCCACCUGCAUUGAGGAACAAACACACUAUACAUGUAUCUGUCCACAGGGAUAUAGUGGACUAAAUUGUGAGGUAGAUAUCAAUUAUUGUACAAAUAAUACAUGCCUGAACAAUGCAACCUGCAUUGAGGAACAAACAAAGUAUACAUGUAUCUGUCAACCGGGAUAUACCGGACUUAAUUGUGAGGAAGAUAUUAAUUAUUGUACAAAUAAUACAUGUCUGAAUAAUGCAACCUGCAUUGAGGAACAAACAAACUAUACAUGUAUUUGUCAACCGGGAUAUACUGGACUAAAUUGUGAGAUAGAUAUCAAUUUUUGUACAAAUAAUACAUGCCAGAUCAACGCCACCUGCAUUGAGGAACAAACUAGCUAUACAUGUAUCUGUCAACCGGGAUAUACUGGACUAAAUUGUGAGAUAGAUAUUAAUUUUUGUGCAAAUAAUACAUGCCUGAACAAUGCAACCUGUUUUGAGGAACAUACAAACUAUACAUGUAUCUGUGAACCGGGAUUUACUGGAUUAAAUUGUGAGAUAGAUAUUAAUUUUUGUGCAAAUAUAACAUGCCUGAACAAUGCAACCUGUUUUGAGGAACAAACAAACUAUACAUGUUUCUGUCAACCGGGAUAUACUGGACGCAAUUGUGAGGUAGAUAUGAAUUAUUGUACAAAUAAUACUUGUCUGAAAAAUGCAACCUGCUUUGAGGAACAAACAAAUUAUACAUGUAUAUGUCAACCGGGAUAUACUGGACUAAAUUGUGAGGUAGAUAUAAAUUAUUGUACAAAUAAUACAUGCCUGAACAAUGCAACCUGCUUUGAGGAACAAACAAACUAUACAUGUAUCUGUCAACCUGGAUAUUCCGGACUUAAUUGUGAGGAAGAUAUCAAUUAUUGUACAAAUAAUACAUGUCUGAACAAUGCAACCUGCCUUGAGGAACAAACAAACUAUACCUGUAUUUGUCAACCGGGAUACACUGGACUAAAUUGUGAGGUAGAUAUCAAGUAUUGUACAAAUAAUACAUGCCUGAACAAUGCAACCUGCCUUGAAGAACAAACGAACUAUACCUGUAUCUGUCAACCGGGAUAUACCGGACUAAAUUGUGAGAUAGAUAUCAAUUAUUGUACAAACAAUACAUGCCUGAAAAAUGCAACCUGCAUUGAGGAACAAAUAAACUAUACAUGUAUUUGUCAACCGGGAUAUACCGGACUAAAUUGUGAGAAAUAUAUCAAUUAUUGUACAAGUAAUAAAUGUCAGAACAAUGCAACCUGCAUUGAGGAACAAACAAACUAUAAAUGUAUAUGUCAACCGGGAUAUACUGGACUAAAUUGUGAGAUAGAUAUCAAUUAUUGUACAAAUAAUACAUGCCUGAACAAUGCCACCUGCAUUGAGGAACAAAUAGAUUAUACAUGUAUAUGUCAACCGGGAUAUACUGGACUAAAUUGUGAGAUAGAUAUCAGUUAUUGUACAAUUUAUACAUGCCUGAACAAUGCUACCUGCAUUGAGGAACAAACAAGCUAUACAUGUAUCUGUCAACAGGGAUAUAUUGGACUUAAUUGUGAGAUAUAUUUCAAUUAUUGUUCAAAUAAUACAUGUAAAAGUAAUGCAACCUGCAUUGAGGAUCAAUCAAGCUAUAAUUGCCUCUGUGCAUCGGGAUAUACUGGACUUAAUUGUGAGAUAGAUAUCAAUUAUUGUACAAAUAAUACAUGCCAGAACAACUCUACUUGUUUUGAGGAACAGCCAAACUAUAAAUGCCUCUGUUCACCGGGGUACACUGGUGUAAAUUGUGAGACGGAUGUCAGUUAUUGUACAAACACUUCAUGUCAGAACAAUGCCACAUGUAUUGAGGAACAAGCAAACUAUAAAUGUAUCUGUCAACAGGGAUAUACUGGCACAAAUUGUGAAAGUGACAUUAAUUACUGCUCAUUUAAACUUUGUAAGAAUAAUGCAAAAUGCAUUGAAGAACAAAAUAAUUUUCACUGCGUUUGUACACCUGGAUAUACUGGACCGACUUGUGAAACUAUUACUUUCUGCUCAAGUUACCCGUGCAACAAUAAUUCAACAUGUCAAGAUAUUGAAGGAAGCUACGCAUGUCUAUGUAGAGAUGGAUUUACAGGACCAAAUUGUGAGGAACGUACAAGCAGUUGCCAAUCAGACCCUUGCAGAAACAAAUCCACUUGUUUUGACAGAUAUGGAGGUUAUAUUUGUUUGUGUAGCGAAGGAAUGACAGGAGAACGCUGUGACGUACGAGAUAUGUGUGCUUCCGGUCCAUGCUUGAAUAAUGGAAAGUGCAAAACAUUGGGAUCAAAUCCUGGGGGAUAUAUAUGUGAAUGCAACGAGCUUUUUACUGGGAAUCAUUGCGAGUAUGAUAUCAAUGAAUGUGAGACUGAAUCAACUUGCACAAAUGAUAAGAUCUGUAGAAAUAAACAUGGAGGAUACCAUUGUGAUGAUUUAUACAAGUUGGAAUCAACAAAUAACAUGAAAGGUUUUGCUGACGUUAACACGGAUAAUAUAGUACAAAACGUUAUUUCAAUACUGAGGCAAAGUAUAGUUAUUUGUGAUGACGCGCAGGUUUCCAUUGACCAGACACGGUAUAAAGGCUCUGUUGCAAUCAGCGCAAUUUGUGAUGGAAGACCUUUGACGCGAGACGAAAUGGCUAGAGCUAUCGGGCAACACACGGAAAUAUUCUUUAAGCAUCCGCAUGAUGCAAAACAGCAUGUAAAACAGAGUUGGUUAGAGUCGCACUGGAUCAUUCUUGUAGGGAUUGUGAUAGGUCUGGUGGGUGCAGUAGGCGGGACACUACAGGCUUUUUACAUUGUUAAGAGAGCUCGAAAGAAACUUGUAGUUGACCGUGAAGCAAUGGAAAUAUUGACUAAAAGAUUUUCAGUCCCGAGACCACCAAACGGGAUCAGACAUCGUAACCAAGGAAACGCCGGAUAUUUCACGAAUCCUUUAUUUUCUUAAGGACAACAACUAAUAUGUGAUAGCCUGAUAUAUAAAAACGAACAACUUUUGUAGAUUAUGCCUGUGUUUUUGCAGCAAAUUUGUUAUGGAAUAUGUUAACAUGUAGCUAAGAAUUGAGACUGAAUAUAAACCUAUUCUAUUCUACUGUUUAAUCUCAAUACUGUAACAGUAAUAUUUAAUUAUUAAU